AUGCACUGCCUUCCAGCGACUCUCGUAACCCUCAUUCUGUCCAUCGUGGGCACGACCACAGCAGCCAGUGGCAAUGGCCUGCCCCAGGCGAGCAAGUACAUCGACAGCAACUCAAACAUCACAUUCCUCGGCUACGCCAACAAAGGGUUCAGCUUUGGCAUGGCCCUGCCCGCCGACCCAAAAGACGACCUCAUCGUCCAGCUGGUCUCGCCGUUGAAAGAUGGGGGAGGAUGGGGCGGCGUGGACUUCGGUACAUCCAUGACGGGUCGCCUCCUGCUCGUCGCCUGGCCCAACACGGCCAAAGACAACACCGUCAUGGUCUCGCCCCGGAUCGCAACGGGCUACGAGAUCGACAACGGAGCAAACGUCUACAAGGCAAACCCGAUCACCGUCACACAAAUCCCCGACGGCACUUUUGUCAACGACACGCACGUCUCCGCGACGUUCGUCUGCGGCGGGUGCCUGAACGCGGACUCAUUCGGCGCCGCCAAUGCAACGACCACCUUCAGCUACGCCUACGCCUACGACCCCGUCGCGGACCCCAGCGAUGUGGACUCACAGCUCUCGGACCACACGGCUAACGGCGAGCCAUACGGUCCCUUCGAUGUGACGAUUGCGCAGGCCCAGAGCAGCGAGUAUUCCACCUGGGCCGCCCUAACGCAGGCCGCCAGCGCCUCUGGCACGGCCGCUGCGGGUGCCUCUUCGACUGGCGGGGCCGCCGCGUCAGCAGAGACCGGGUCCAGCUCGGGCUCCGGGUCGUCGUCUUCUUCUUCCUCUUCUUCCUCUUCCGGGGGCGGAUCUUCUUCGUCGUCAUCAGACUAUGCCGAUGCGUCCGGGCUGAGCCUUGGUGCCAUUUUCGCUUUGGUGGGCGUUGGUCUGGUCUAUGUGCUGCAGGCAGUGCAGAUUCUUUGA